AGCCGGCUCUCCGGACGGCAGCGCCUGCAGCGAGCGCCCUGCCGGCGGCUUCUGGUUGCGGGGACCGGGCUCCCGGCUCGCGUCCCUCCCCAGCCUCCCCCGCCUCCCGCGCUCGCUCCUCGCUCGCUCGUUCCCUCCCUCCCCGCUCGCUGCCUCCCCCACCAUCGCAGCGCUGGGAGGAAGCGGCUGGGGCUCAAGAUGGCUUUAGCCCGGCUCUGCGCCCUGCUCGCCUGCUGCUGGGGGCCGGCGGCGGUGCUGGCCACGGCCGCCGGCGACGGGGACCCCUCCAAGGAGCUGGAGUGCAAGCUCAAAAGCAUCACGGUGUCGGCGCUGCCCUUCCUGCGCGAGAACGACCUGAGCAUCAUGCACAGCCCCUCGGCCUCCGAGCCCAAGCUCCUCUUCUCGGUGCGCAACGACUUCCCGGGAGAGAUGGUCGUGGUGGACGACCUGGAGAACACCGAGCUGCCCUACUUCGUGCUGGAGAUCUCAGGGAACACGGAGGACAUCCCCCUAGUACGCUGGAGGCAGCAGUGGCUGGAGAAUGGCACUUUGCUUUUUCACAUCCAUCACCAAGAUGGUGCCCCAAGUCUCCCUGGGCAAGACCCAACUGAAGAACCCCAGCAUGAAUCAGCUGAAGAGGAACUGAGGAUCCUCCACAUCUCCGUCAUGGGAGGCAUGAUCGCUCUGCUGCUGUCCAUCUUGUGUCUGGUGAUGAUCCUGUACACUCGACGGCGCUGGUGUAAACGCCGCCGAGUCCCCCAGCCGCAGAAGAGUGCCAGCGCGGAGGCAGCCAACGAGAUCCACUACAUCCCCUCGGUGCUGAUCGGUGGCCACGGGCGGGAGAGUCUGCGCAACGCCCGAGUGCAGGGCCACAACUCCAGUGGCACGCUGAGCAUCCGGGAGACCCCCAUCCUGGACGGCUAUGAGUACGACAUCACGGACCUGCGCCACCACCUGCAGAGGGAGUGCAUGAACGGAGGGGAGGACUUCGCCAGCCAGGUCACGCGCACCCUGGACUCCCUGCAGGGCUGCAAUGAGAAGACAGGGAUGGACCUCACGCCAGGAAGUGACAAUGCCAAGCUGUCACUGAUGAACAAGUACAAAGAUAACAUCAUUGCCACCAGCCCCGUGGACUCCAACCACCAGCAGGCCACCCUGCUCUCUCACACGUCCAGUAGCCAGAGAAAGCGGAUCAACAACAAAGCAAGAGCUGGUUCCGCCUUUUUGAACCCUGAAGGGGAUUCUGGUACAGAGGCAGAAAAUGACCCUCAGCUGACCUUUUACACUGACCCCUCUCGCAGCCGGAGGCGCAGUCGAGUGGGCUCUCCCCGGAGUCCUGUGAAUAAGACCACCUUGACCCUGAUCAGUAUCACCAGCUGUGUCAUCGGCCUCGUGUGCUCCUCUCACGUCAGCUGCCCUCUGGUUGUCAAAAUCACACUGCACGUCCCCGAGCACCUGAUUGCUGAUGGGAGCCGCUUCAUCCUGCUGGAGGGCAGCCAGCUGGAUGCCAGUGAUUGGUUGAACCCUGCCCAAGUGGUGCUCUUCUCUCAGCAGAACUCCAGUGGGCCCUGGGCCAUGGACCUCUGUGCCCGGCGGCUCCUGGACCCCUGUGAACACCAAUGUGACCCCGAAACUGGGGAGUGCCUCUGCUACGAAGGGUACAUGAAGGAUCCAGUCCACAAGCACCUUUGCAUUCGGAAUGAAUGGGGGACCAACCAGGGGCCUUGGCCUUACACAAUAUUUCAGCGAGGCUUUGACCUGGUUUUGGGAGAGCAGCCCUCUGAUAAAAUAUUCAGAUUCACCUACACCCUGGGCGAGGGCAUGUGGCUGCCCCUGAGCAAGAGCUUUGUGAUCCCGCCGGCAGAACUGGCCAUCAACCCCUCCGCAAAGUGUAAGACGGACAUGACGGUGAUGGAGGACGCUGUGGAGGUCAGAGAGGAGCUGAUGACUUCAUCCUCCUUUGACAGCCUGGAAGUUCUCUUAGACUCCUUUGGGCCCGUGCGAGACUGCAGCAAAGAUAACGGGGGCUGCAGUAAGAAUUUCCGCUGCAUUUCAGAUCGCAAGCUGGACUCCACGGGUUGUGUGUGCCCGUCGGGACUCAGCCCCAUGAAGGACAGCUCAGGCUGCUAUGACCGCCACAUCGGGGUGGACUGCUCGGAUGGCUUCAAUGGCGGCUGUGAGCAGCUGUGUCUCCAGCAGAUGGCGCCCUUCCCGGACGACCCCACCUUGUACAACAUCCUCAUGUUCUGCGGGUGCAUCGAGGAUUACAAGCUUGCUGUGGACGGACGCUCUUGCCAGCUCAUCACGGAGACCUGCCCAGAGGGAGGCGACUGUGGGGAAAGCAGGGAGCUCCCCAUGAACCAGACUCUCUUUGGAGAAAUGUUCUUUGGUUACAACAACCAUUCCAAGGAAGUGGCCUCUGGACAAGUGCUGAAAGGAACAUUCAGGCAAAACAACUUUGCUCGUGGUUUAGACCAGCAACUGCCAGAUGGGCUUGUGGUGGCCACUGUCCCCUUGGAGAAUCAGUGCCUGGAGGAAAUCUCAGAGCCCACCCCGGACCCCGACUUCCUGACUGGGAUGGUGAACUUCAGUGAAGUGUCUGGGUACCCUGUGCUGCAGCACUGGAAGGUCCGAUCGGUGAUGUACCACAUCAAACUCAACCAAGCGGCCGUCUCUCAGGCCUUCAGCAACGCGCUCCACUCCCUGGACGGGGCCACGUCUCGUGCAGACUUUGUGGCCUUGUUGGACCAGUUUGGCAACCAUUACAUCCAGGAAGCGAUCUACGGCUUUGAGGAGUCCUGUUCUAUCUGGUACCCAAAUAAGCAAGUCCAGCGGCGACUCUGGCUGGAGUACCAAGACAUCAGUAAAGGCAACUCCCCAUCCGAUGAGUCGGAGGAGCGGGAAAGGGACCCCAAGGUGCUGACGUUCCCAGAAUACAUCGCUAGCCUGUCCGACUCUGGCACCAAGCGCAUGGCAGCCGGAGUCCGCAUGGAAUGCCAGAGCAAAGGGCGAUGUCCCUCAUCUUGCCCCUUGUGUCAUGUGACCUCCAGCCCUGACACGCCUGCUGAGCCGGUCCUGCUGGAGGUGACCAGAGCAGCCCCCAUCUAUGAACUGGUGACCAACAACCAGACCCAGAGGCUCUUACAGGAGGCCACCAUGAGCUCUCUCUGGUGCUCAGGCACUGGAGACGUCAUUGAGGACUGGUGUCGCUGCGACUCCACUGCUUUCGGAGCCGACGGACUGCCCACCUGCGCGCCGCUCCCUCAGCCCGUGCUGAGACUCUCCACGGCCCACGAGCCCAGCAGCACCCUGGUGGUCCUGGAGUGGGAACACUCGGAGCCGCCAAUCGGGGUGCAGAUUGUGGAUUACCUCAUCCGUCAAGAGAAAGUCACCGACAGGAUGGACCACUCCAAAGUGGAGACGGAAACAGUGUUGAGUUUCGUGGACGACAUCAUCUCUGGAGCAAAGUCCCCUUGUGCCAUGCCGUCUCAAGUGCCGGACAAGCAGCUCACCACCAUCUCUCUCAUCAUUCGAUGCCUGGAACCCGACACCAUUUACAUGUUCACCCUCUGGGGCGUGGACAACACCGGACGGCGCUCGCGGCCCAGCGACGUGAUCGUGAAGACCCCGUGCCCCGUGGUGGACGACGUCAAAGCCCAAGAAAUAGCGGACAAGAUCUACAACCUCUUCAACGGCUACACCAGCGGGAAGGAGCAGCAGACCGCCUAUAACACUCUUCUGGAUCUGGGGUCCCCCACCUUACAUCGAGUUCUCUACCACUAUAACCAGCACUAUGAGAGUUUUGGGGAAUUCACCUGGCGGUGUGAGGAUGAGCUAGGCCCCAGGAAAGCCGGCCUCAUCCUGUCCCAGCUCGGGGACCUCAGCAGCUGGUGCGACGGGCUCCUCCAGGAGCCCAAGAUAGGCCUGCGCCGCAGCGCGCUCAAGUACCUGGGCUGCCGCUACAGCGAGAUCCGGCCCUACGGGCUCGACUGGUCAGAGCUCAGCCGGGACCUCAGGAAGACCUGUGAGGAGCAGACCCUGAGCAUCCCCUACAAUGACUAUGGGGACAGCAAGGACAUCUAACACUGCGAGGCCAGAGAGUGGCUGCCAAACUGGGGCAGGAGAGGGGCCGGGGCCGUCCGGGUUGGUUUGUAGGUUUUUAUCAUUUUUUAAUGGAACAUUAUGAGCUCCAGAGAUGACAUCUACGGCAGGGAGGAAGGGACCCUUGCUCCCUGCAGAACUUCUUCAGGACGAUGUUCUCCGUCAGCGUGACCGGUCAGCCUGCCCGUCAGUGGCUUCAUGCAGCACCUUUUUUUCUUCCAGGGUAACUUUGGGACUUGUUUUGGUGUUAAUUUGUUCCAUUCUUAUUUUUUUCCCCAAGAGUUUUGUCAAAAUACUCAAGAGUUCUGUCAUACUUCCCAGGAAAUGUCCACCCGGUCAAGGCCCCGGUGCCCACUGAGUCCCUGGGUCCAUUGCAACUGGGGACAGAGGUGACGCUGGAAAGCGAGACCUGCACCGCGCCUGACCUCAGGCAUUCCUUGGGAAACGUCUCACUUUGGGAGAAAGACGAAAAGCAAGCUGGGGUCUGGCGCUUGCCUGGUCUCGCGGUUUCCUCCAGGCCCCGAGCGCUCGCUGCACACCUGGAGGGGAGCCUCCGCCUCGCUGCUGGAUGGGCCCCGCGGGCCUCCCAGGCCUUCAGGGCUCCCAUUCUAAGGCAGGUCUGGAAUUAAACCCUCUCGGGGGACCUUGGCUCUGCCCUCUGAUCACCACGAUCUCUCAGCAGUGACAAGAGGCCCCCUGUGAAAUCUCCAGGAACAAGACCUUUCUAAGUGGCAACUAGAUGCCACCUGCCAACUGUACCUUAGGAGACUCCCACCUGGGAGACUAGCUGGCAGUCCACAACCCAGGGAAGUAAGUGGAGUCCAUCAUUUAAAAAAGCUCCUCUACUCCUUUGAAAGGCCCUCUCCAGACCACUAAUGUACAUCCCAGCGCCUGGGUUCUUGGCGCCUGUACCUCCUACCCAGGGCGGAUGAGGCUGGGCUGAUGUCUGGUUCAGUCCCAGUGGGGUUGGUAUUCCAUGUCAGUGUUUCAGUGAACUAGAGCCAUUACUGAUCCCCAGAAAGGUCUGUCCUCUCCCUCUCUUUGCUAAACUGGCUGAACUGCUAGUUCUGCCAGUCGAUUCCCUGGUGACCAUCAGCAGGAGGAUGCUGCCAUUAUCACCCUCUUCUGGCUGCUGGGAAUAGCGGAGUUUCUCUGCUGCCAAUCAGCACUGAGCACAGCGAAGGGCUGAGACACCACCUCCGCCCACUGCCUGAGCACUGCCCAGUGGUCCAGCUAACUGGAAGCCAGCCUUCCAGAAAAACAUCCCCGGGGCCAUGUUGACCAUCGAUGGCCUUAACUGCCCACACCUUAUGUGCAGCCACCCUUGCUUUGUCCAGAACCCCUUAUGUGGAAACCCAUGACAGAGGUCAGGAGGAGGUGCAGGACCCAUGAGUUGAACCUUACCAAUUUUUCUAAAUGGAAAUAAGGACACACGACAUUUUUGGGGUGCAUGCCAUGUGCCAGGCACUGGGCCCUUUAAAUAUCCUUGAAUUUGUACAACCCCCUGGGGAAAGUGCUGUUCCUGUCCACAUUUCAGUGAAGAGGAAACCAAGGCAGAGAGGUGACUCGCUUUGUCCCCAGUCCCUCAUGUACCAUAUCCUGAGUGACAGAAAGAGUUCGGGCUGUCGGACUCCAGGGCCUGGGGUUCUAGCAGCUCCCAAGCUCUUUGGACGUGGCUUGCGGCACACAGCUGUCCCAGCUCUGAGCUCCACCCUUCCCAAGCACCCACGGCACAGACGUGGCCACUGUGCCGUGGACCGGGGGAGCCAAAGCGAGCCUGAGCGAACCUGAGCCGUGGAGCAAGCCACCUUGGUCCCCGCAGCUCUGCCGCACACGGUCCCCCACCAGUGAUGGGAAUGAACCUGGGAUGGGGCUGAGGGCCCAGCCAGCCUCGCUCCCCUCUCUGCUUUGUCCAGAGAACCCUUGAAAGAUGAAUUUCAUUCUUUCUAACGCACCUGCCUCAGACGCCCCUCCUUCCAGAGCAAAGGACAGCAGGGAACAUGGCUGCCCCAUGCAGUCCAGGCAGGGGCCUCAGGUAAAGUGCCUCAAGAGCCGCCGCCCGCCACUGCCAGAGCAGAGGGUGCCAGGGGCCGGCGGGGCAGGCCUGCAGCACCUGGCUGCCCUGCUCCCGUUCAGUCUGCGCAGAAGAUGGCGUCCUGAUGUGGAGCGCAAGAUGGCAAGGCCGCCAGCGCCCUCCCAGCUGCUGUGGGGACAGGAGCUGACGGGCCCGGGAGCGAGGCCAAGGAGUGGCCCCCAUCCUGUUUUGUUUUAUGAAGGUCACUGCCUUCCUCUGUCCUUCGGGCUCUGUGCCCUGCUCAGCCCCGGCCCUCCACCUCCAUUUUGUCCCCUUUGUCUUCUCCCCUUGCUAGUUUUUUUGCUUUGUUUCCUCUCUUAGCUUCGUCUGGCCUUCCUCCUUUCCCUUGCCCACGAUUCUGUUCCUUCUUGGUGGCCUCUCAUGUUCCCCUUACUGCACAUGCCCGUCCACGGCCCCCCACACCCUAACACUGAACACCUCCUGUGACCAGGUCCAGUUUACUUUCAAGUUUAAAAGGCCAACACCAGUGGGGUGCGGGUCGUCUUAGGGAGGGUAUACAAAUAACGGGGGGACUUUUCCCUGGGGGUCACUAUGGCCCACACCUUGCUGAUGUUCCCGUGCUUGCCUGGAGAACCCAUCCUGGCUAGAAGGAGUGAUGGGACUGAGCCAGUAUUAGACUCCAAGUUUCCAAGCUGCCAAACAGGUCUUAGGGAGUCCCUGCUACCCACCAACACCCCAGCUCCACGUCCCCUUGAGAUCUCUGCCGUGUCCUGCCUGAUGUACGUGAACCGCUGUAAUAGCAGUAGACCUUUAACUGAGUGUGCAAGUGUUUUCCACGGAGUUUGGUCCAUUGUUAUUUUUAGUUAACUGCAUUUCUUGAUAUUCAAAUGUUCUAUUAAAAAAAAAAACAAGUGUGGAAAGAAAUACUUUACAACAGUAGAAGGGAGAAAGAAUAUAACG